AUGGGGGAGCCAUAUGGAGUGUUCCAGAGAGGACAGGUAGUUCUUGCUGAACUUCAGUCCAAUGUGGCUGCAUCACCGAAGAGCUCUCCUAGUCCAUCCACAAGCUCUGGGUUCCCUGCUCCCAUUACUUCCUCCAUAGAAAUUCCAGUAGAGGAGACGUUGUAUUCCCAGGAGCACGUUUCUGACAAAUCACAGACAGCAGUGCCAAACGGCUGUGUUGAUGAUGUUUCUCGGUCUCCAAAGCUUGGAGGGCGCUGUGAUGAAGUGUUAGGAAGAAGCUGGAAUGUCUCUGAAGGUGAGAGCCUGGUACAGCCCCUCUACUGGGAGGGAGACGGCACACCAGUGACCGUGUUUCUUAAGGGCCCCUUAGGGGAGAAAGGUCUGAUUUGUAAUGGUUUUGACAAAAACUUCAGUUUGAGCCCAAGUCCAUUAGUGUGUCAGGGAAUCUCUGCAGAAGAGAGGCCACAUCCACACUCACCAGAGAACUAACAGCACAGUAGAGACCUGACUGGCCAGGAGGGGCUUCCUACACUUGAGAGCCCUUUCAUAUGUACUGGGUGUGGGAAAACAUUCAGAGGAAACCUUGGCCUUGUUCAGCAUCAGAGAGCCAGCAUUGGAGAGAAAUCUUUCAUGUGUUCAGAAUGUGGGAAAUCUAUUAGCCAGAACUCUGUUCUUAAAAACCACUGGCAACCUUACCUAAAUAUGAAAACCUUCAGCCAGAACUCAAGCCUUAAACACCAAAAGUCUCCUGUGAUUGAGAAGCCUUAUGAAUGCAGCGAAUGUGGAAAGGCUUUUAGGUGGAACUCAAACCUCAUCCAACAUCAAAGAAUCCAUUCUGAAGAAAAGCCGUACAUAUGCAACUGGUGUGGGAAAGCCUUCAGGCGGAGCUCAAACCUCAUUAAACACCACAGGAGUCACACUGGUGAGAAGUCUUUCGAGUGCAGUGAGUGUGGGAAAGCCUUUAGCCAGAGUGCACACCUCCGGAAGCAUCAGAGGGUUCACACCGGAGAGAAGUCUUAUGAGUGUAAUGACUGUGGCAAGUCAUUCAGCCGCGUCUCGAACCUCAUCAAGCAUCAGAGGGUCCACACCGGAGAGAAGCCUUACCCGUGCAGAGACUGUGGGAAGGCCUUCAGCCAGAGCUCCAGCCUUACCCAGCACCGGAGAAUCCACACUGGAGAGAAGCCUCACGUGUGCGGUGAGUGCGGGAGAACCUUUAGUUACAGCUCUGUGCUCAGGAAGCACCAACUCAUUCACACCGGCGAGAAGCCGUACAGAUGCAGCAUCUGUGGGAAGGCCUUCCGGCACAGCUCAGCCCUGGUCCAGCAUCAAGGUGUGCACACUGGAGACAAGCCCUACGAGUGCCAUGAGUGUGGAAAGACCUUCAGCCGGAGUUCCAACCUCAUCCUUCACCAUCGAGUCCACACUGGAGAGAAACCUUAUGAAUGUACUGAGUGUGGGAAAACCUUCAGCCAGAGCUCCACCCUCCUUCAGCACCAGAGGACCCACAACGGGUUAAAGCCGCACGAAUGUAACCAGUGUGGCAAAGCCUUCAACCGGAGCUCUAAUCUUAUCCACCACCAGAAAGUCCACACUGGGGAGAAGCCCUACACGUGUGUUGAAUGUGGGAAGGGCUUUAGCCAGAGCUCACAUCUCAUUCAACACCAGAUAAUCCACACUGGAGAGAGGCCCUAUCAGUGCUGCAAGUGUGGGAAAGCCUUCGGCCAGCGGUCAGUCCUCAUCCAGCACCUCAGCCUGCACACUGGCGUGAAGCCCUAUGACUGCUCGGCUUGCGGGAAGACUUUCAGCCAGCGGUCCAAGCUGGUUAAACACCAGUUAAUUCAUACAAAGGAGUAGCCUGGAGGCUGGGAGGAAGAAAGCUGAGCCUCGUAUUCUUCUGGCCCUUGUUUCAGCCUUCCCCUUCCUAGACUUGAAGCCAGGCUCACUGUUUUUUAUGCCCAGCUGCCACAAAACCUGGAGCCCCCCUUUGGAACACCCUACAGGGGUCCCUUUUGCUAUUGCUACCAACUUGGGACCUCUCUCUGCAUUCUGUUGUCUUUCUGGUUUGAAAACAGACUCGUGCUGGCUAGAAGAAAGACAUGACAAGACAUCCAUGUUCACAGCUUAUUGCUGUAAUCUAAAGGUAUGGAAAUAGGUCAUGUGACCUUUGGCUGGAAAGAACCUCAGUAAUUCUUUCAUCUAGCAUUUAGUCGUAGGGGAUAAAUUCUGAUUUGGUAUUUACUACUGAUAUUUUGUUUACAACGGAACGUGAGGGUCCAGUUGCCAUCUUCUCUGGCGGUGUUGCUCCACGUCCUUUCCCUCCCAUCCUGUACUUUAACCAGAUCUACAGUCAGCUUAGCCGCCGCUGCCGCCUCCUCCUCCUUCUCCUCCUCCUCCUCCUCCUCCUCCUCUGCUCUGCUGUGCCUCAGGCCCAGGCUCCGGCUUCAGGUCUCAUGGAGCAGGACCCAGAAGCAGCUCUCUUCAUAGCGCUCUCGUCCCCCGCAGGCCUCCAGGCCAUCUUUCCACAUGUGUGCUCACCAUCGUUUUCGGAGUGCAUUCUGUUCUGUCUCAGGCAGCCCAGAUACCCAGAAAUGAGCUCACUGGACUAUAGGACUUCUGGUGCUUGGAGAAAAGCUAGCUUCCUCGGGAACUUGUGAAACCCUUUCCCAUCUGCCAAAAGGAGCUACUUCCCUUACCUCUGGCAGAAGGGACAUAUGGCUCUCAGAGACAAGUACCUGUGGCUGCAGAUCAAAGGCCUGGCUCCCUCCCUCCCUACUCAGUUAGUGGUUGUUCUACACUUCAGAGACCAGCUCUCUUACACUCCCCAUUCCUGAUGUUCUCACUAUUCUCUCCUCCUAUGCUCUGUCCUCUCUCUCUCUCUCUCUCUCUCUCUCUCUCUCUCUCUCUCUCUCUCUCUUUCUCUCUCUCCCUCCACUGUUCUCUCCCUCUGCCCUAACACUGGCCGUGUCCAGGCUGCUGCAUUCUCUU